AUGUCUCGACAAAAUCAGUUCCAAACUGAAAAUUUUGUUUUGUCAGAAGACGAUUUGCGAAAUGCCGAAGGAUCAGAUCGUAAGUGAAAUUUUAAAGUUUUAUAAAAAUCAAGAAAAUCUCUGGAUUUCAGGCCACAUGAUCCUUAUUCGUCGGCUCGAAGAGAAAGUGGAUAAUUUGAAGAAAGAAGUGGCAGAUGUCAAGAAUCUAAUCAUCAACAAAACACAAAUUAUCGAGAUCAAAUUGGGCGCAUUGAAUGAGAAAUCGACGGGAGAAUUUGCGGAAAUUAAAAAUUCAUUUUUAACUGUUUUGGUGAGUCUAUUUUUCAAAUUUCAAAAGAAAUGUAUGAUUUACAGAACAAAUUGGAAGAUUUGUCUGGAAAUGUUCGAGCUGCUCAAAAUCCGCCAGUCGAAAACAACAACAACACCAUAAUUGUUGCUCCACCAGAAGAGACAGAAGUUGCGCCAACUGAAGAAGUUAGAAUGAAGAUUCAAGCUGCAGCUCCUUCAGAAGAAACUCCAAAAAUUCCUCGAGUUGCAGCAACUUCGAGAGAACGAGCAACAAAAAGCUCCGGAAAGAGAACUGGCGAGAAAUCCGAAAUUCGUAAAAGGAAAUUAUCGACAAAUGAGACAUCGUAAGUACAAUUUUCCAAAAAUAAAAUAAAAGUUUUUUCUUUGAAGGUCGACUCAAAACAAUAAUGGAUUGGUGGUUUUGGAUGAAGGAGGAGAUUUGGUUAUUGCAAUUAAGGUAACUUCUAAACUCAUAAUUAAACUCGGUGACUAAUUUUAAUCAGUUUUCAGCUCAAAAAUGGCAAAUACGAGUGUAGUGUUUGCCCGAAGAAAGAAGAAACUGAACUCGAUGUUCGAAAACAUCACAAACAUGUACACGUUGGAGUAAGUUCCAUGUUUUAUUGAUUUUCAUGAAGUUUUUGAAUUUUCAGCAGUACAAAAUGUCGACAACACGAGAAAGCCGCGGAAAACGAUGUUCACUUGGAAAAUUAUAA